CCUCUCCCCGUCGACAGCACAGGCCGGAUGCGGUGGUACGCUGAGGGCAAUCUAUCUUUGGGACCUAGUUAGCACGAAUCAUCUGCAGUCCGCCGAUCGCUAGAGAAAGAGAGGGCUCGCUCACCUCCUGACAAUGAUGUGGCCGGAGAAUUACGAUGUGUUCGCUACUCGAAUGCUAUGGUCAUUCUUCGCCGUCACAACCAGUACGUCUAUCGUGUUCCGUCUUGCGCGGUGGUUCCUACUUGCUCACCUCCUCUCCCUCUGUAAUAGUCAUAGUAGGAUUGAGGAUUGUAUGUCGCCUACGCUUCAGGCGGCACGACCGAGUGGGAUUGGGCCUGGAUGACUACAUAAUCCUCUUCUGCCUUGUUCUCAGCCUUGUCGUCUCGGUUCUCACGACGAAGGGGGUCGAACAUGGCCUCGGAAAGCACGUAUGGGAAUUGGAGGAGUACGACAAGAUUAUGGCGCUUAAGUACAACGUUAUCAUCAACUCGGUCUUGAUAUGGCAGUUUUCAUUGCCCAAAUUCGCCAUCAUCGCCCUCCUGAAGCGGAUCCUCGACUACGGUACGAAGACGGCGAUUUUAUUCUGGUCGCUUGGUCUCACCUCCCAAGCGUGUUUCUUCGCUUUUUCUGUUUGGUGGUUUAAACAAUGCCAUCCCGUCGAAUUCGGAUGGGAUAAGAGCAUCGAGGGGGGGACUUGCGCCGACAUCAGCAUCUCGAUAAAUUUCGGCUAUUUCGCGUCUGCAUAUUCGGCUUUCCUCGAUCUAUUCUUCGCCUUGUAUCCGAUCCCUUUCGUCAUGCGCCUCAACAUGCCCAUGCGGAAUCGCCUCGCCGUCGCGGGAGCCCUAAGUCUCAGUUCGCUGGCCUUCGUCGCUUCGGUCAUCAAAUUAUCACUCUUCGGCGAAGCCUUUAGGAUCUCGGCGACGGAUCCAACAUAUCCGGUGCCUUAUCUCGACAUCCUGGGCAUGGCAGAAGGAUAUAUCUUGAUGAUAUGCUCCUCGCUUCCCACUCUCGGGCCGCUCUUCAGAGCUGCCAAGGGGAAGCUCACCAGUCGGGGCACCAGCGCCGAUAAAUCCAACGCGAACGUAGCUACCAGCACCCAUAGCCUACGCAGGAGAUUUGGUACCUCGAAGGGAGAGUUGCUCGCGGACGAGACAGGACAAUCGUUCCGAGGGGAAAAUUCGUCGAGCCUCGACGACAUCCCGCUCGUCCCACCGACCAGGCCACCGGCUCCUCACACCGCGGAUGGCGGUAUUCACAAAACUGUAGAUAUUUCGAUGACCUCGGAAGUUGCGGAGGUCGGAUCACAUACCCGAGCACAGAGCGCUCACAUAUUUUGAGAUAACCCAAUUACGAAUAUCACGUCUAUCUUUUAUGAUUGCUACAAUAUCAACUCGCUACCAGGCGUUUCGCUUCGCAGACGC